AUGCAAACUGAUAAUGGUAAGGAAUAUUAUAAUAAAGAAAUGAAUAAAUUAUUUAAAUCUUUAGAAAUUAAUCACUUCUCAACUUAUUCAGAUAAAAAAGCUUCAAUAGUUGAAAGAUUUAAUAGAACUUUGAAAGAGAAAAUGUGGAAAAUGUUUACUCAUCAAGGAAAUCAUAAAUGGGUUGAUAUCCUUGAUGAUUUGGUGAAAGGCUAUAAUAAUCAUUAUCACUCUUCAAUAAAAAUGACUCCAACACAGGCUUCAAAAAUAGAAAAUGAAUCGAUAGUUUACAAAAAUCUCUUUCCUUCAAGUGAGGAAGAAAAUACUCCAAUCAAAGCGAAAUUCAAAAUAGGAGACACUGUCAGAAUUACAAAAUAUAAAACUAUUUUCGAUAAAGGAUAUCUUCCAAAUUGGAGUACUGAAGAAUUUAAGAUUUCAGAAGUUUAUAUUGGUGAACCAAUUAUGUAUUCUAUUAAAGAUCUUGCAGAUGAAGAAAUCAAAGGAAAGUUUUAUGAAGAAGAACUCACAUUUUACAAUAAUAUCAAUGAAGAGUAUAAAGUUGAAAAAGUGAUAAAACAUAGAAAAUCUAAAGGAGUAAAAGAAGUGUUUGUUAAGUGGUAUGGAUAUCCAGAGAAAUUCAACUCUUGGAUAAAGAAAACGGAUUUAAAUUUCACAAGUGAAUCCGAAGGAGAUCCUUUAAAGAUCUAA